AUGGAUGGUGAAUUUGGAAGCUUCAUCAAGGUGUGGGUUAUAGCCAUAACAUGUCUCUGUUAUUGUUACUACAUAGCUUCUAAAAUACCAAAAGGUUUCUUAAGACUUCUCUCAAUCAUCCCUGUUAUCUACAUCUUUCUCAUCCUUCCCUUGAACCUCUCUUCACCUAGCUCAUGUAGCAUCACAUGCUUCUUACUUGUUUGGCUUGGCACUUUCAAGCUCCUCCUUUUUUCCUUCAACCAAGGCCCUCUUGUCCUAUCACACCCAAACAUAGCCCAUUUCAUCUCCAUAGCUUCCCUUCCCAUCGAACUCAAACAGCAACACCCACCAACCCAAAAAACUACCACCCCAGAGGUAGAAAAACCCAAAUGGCAUAUGCUCCUAAAAGUGCUUCUCUUGACCUUGAUCUUGUGUGUUUAUAGCUACAAAGAAAGACUGCCCCCUCAAUUCAUCAUAGUUCUCUAUUGCUGCCAUGUGUACCUUAGCGCAGAGAUUACAUUUGCCCUCUGUGCUGUCGCAGUUCGAACCAUUUUCGGCUGUGAGAUCGAACCGCAGUUCAACAAACCUUACCUCUGCACCUCUCUUCAAGACUUCUGGGGUCGUAGAUGGAACCUGACGGUUACGCAUAUUCUACGCCCUACCGUAUACGACCCAGUACGCCGUAUUUCUACGCAAUUUGUGGGUCCCACAUGUGCCAAAUCAGCUGCCAUGUUGACCACGUUCCUUGUAUCUGGGCUAAUGCAUGAGUUGAUAUAUUAUUAUGUUUCACGGGCGCCUCCCACGUGGGAAGUCACGUGCUAUUUUGUGCUUCAUGGUGUGUGCACGGCGGCAGAGGUGGUGGUGAAGAAGGUAAUGCUCCGCCGAGGAUGGCGGCUGCCCCGUGCCAUGUCGGGGCCGCUAGUGGUGGCAUUUGUCGUAAUCACCGGGCGGUGGCUGUUCUUUGCUCAGAUUUUGAGAAAUGGUGUGAAUAGGAAGGCCAUUAGGGAGUAUGCAGUUUUGCUAGUUUUUGUUAAGUCUAAGUUACCAUUACAUUUGCUUGAGCAUCAAAUACUGAGCAUUUUGAUGGUUAGAAAUCUCUCACUCAUGCAAUGA